CCCCCAACAACAACACCAUCGCUAAAGUCCGUCUUCUCCCUUUCGCAACUCUUUUAAAUCAGUGUAUGUCGAUAAGAGUUGCAGAAAGGGGGGAUUUUGAGGGAAUCAAUUAAGCGGAUCAGAAAUUGAGGGAAUGGAAAUGGGGGAUAGGAUUUUCGAUGGCCUUACUUUAAUUAUUAGGUACUGGGGAAAAUGCUACCGCAGAGGUUGAAGAAGGUUGUUACAGACAACCCCAAGAAAGUUGCAUCUUUGAUCGACAUUGUGAAUUUGCCUACCGUGCUUAGAGAUUUCAUGGGCCAGUCUCAAAGUUCACAACUCAGUUGCUUUAAGCGUGUUUGGGGUUAUAUCAAGGAUAACAAUCUCCAGGAUCCAGUCAACAGGAAUGUAGUCAACUGCGAUCCGAAGCUGAAGAGCAUUCUAUUGGGCAAGUCCACGAUUGAUCUCACUGAACUUCCCCCGUUGAUCAAGUUGCAUUUUCCAAAGCAGCCUGGCAGUUGAGGGCCUUGGCUCUGCAUUUGCGGUUUUGCACUAGGUUUAAGUUUGUGUUGGUUUAAUGGAAUGUUCUAUUCCAGUUUUAGUAAUUUCACAUAAGUUACUCCCUCCGUCCUGCCAAAGAUGUCACACUUGUGGGACGGCACGGGAUUUUAGGAGGCUUUGUUUUAUAUGUUAGGUGGAAAGAGAAAACAUAAUAUUUAUAUCAUUGCGAGAGAAAACUUUUUCUAAAAAUAGAAAUGAGACAUCUUUAGUGGGAUA